GCAGACGUCAAAACGAAACAACCCCUUCUUUAAACUAGUUGUUUGUAAUUCCCGGAGAAAAGACGGCUAAUUUUUUUGUUUGUUUGAUUGUUUCAUUAGCCUGUAAAAUGAAAGACACCAGGAGUAAGCUGUGAAGGAUGGGCUUUAGAACACCUUAAGCCCUGAAACAGUUUGCUGAGUGCAGUCUGAGAGGAUGCUGCACUUGUCAGCUACCAAGGAAACAUAAGCCAAUGGAGGAUGGGUGGUGGCAGAAAUGUUAGAGAGCUAGCUAAACUAGUUAGGUCGUAAGGAAGUACAGUCAUAUAACUGGUUUAAAAAAUUUGAAGGACUGACUUUUGGUGUUGUCUUUAGGCGACAUUUUGACAGUUAGUAUAGGGAUUUAAAGUCAUGGAAUACAGUGAGCGAGUGCUUUGUGGAACAGGGGAGGUGGAGCUGGACCCUAACAUUGUGAGUGAAGAAGCAGGAAAACUGUAUUCAGAACUACAGACUGUUAUUGAAACUCAUGGUGAAAGCGUGGUGGAAUCUUUGGUACCCAUAUUUGUGUGGGUCCUGGAGGGGCUGGCCUCCUGCAAAGCUCAGCUCAGAGACAGGGAGGAGGAGGCAGAGAGGGAGAAAGCUGAACGAGAAGAGCUGCUGGAGAGAUACCAAGCAGAGAAAGCACUGAGGAAAGAAAGUCAAGAGAGAUAUCUGGAAUUGGAUGACCAAAUUGAGCAAGAGAGGAGAGCCGUGAGGGGGAGGGAAAAGGAACGAGAACGACGUGAAAGAGAUCUAGAGAAGAAAGCAAGAGAACAAGCUGAUCAGUUGGUGGCCUUGGAGGAGCAGAAAGCCAAUCUGAGUAGAGAGCUGAGUACCCUGAGACAUGCUCACAACAAGUUGACUCACACAUAUCGGGAACUUCUGGAAAAGAGGAAGGAUUCUGAAAGGGAUUCUCCUUUAAGGAAUCAUGUACGUCCCAAAAAUGCAGACUUUCCAUCUCAAGUGUUGUCAGAAUCCAGUGUUAAUGAAAAGAUUAUUAAAAGACCACAUUCAAACUCUGUUCCCUUGUAUUUAGAGGAUCUAAUAGCCAAAGAGGAAAAAGUAGCUGGGGAUCAGAUUGUCAAUGACAUCAUAAGCUCAACCCCAGAGCUGACACAGUUUAAUGACUCUGUAAAAGCAAGCACCCCAGUAAGACUCAACACUGAAGAACCACUCAAAGAAGAAUCAGAGACCAGCUUGGACGAUGAAUUAAAGGAAGUGGAGGAGCUUAAAGUGGAAGAAGGGAGAGGAGAAAAUAAACAGAAAAAGGAUCAGGAGGAAGAGGAGGAAGUGGAUGAAGAUGAUAGCAUGGAGUGGGAGCUCCGCAACACUGACUCCGUAUUCUCCGAACUGUCAGAGCUGAGUCGGGAAUAUGUGGAGAGUGUAGAUCGGGGGGCCAGUGUUAGAGGUAGCACAGACCACUAUGAGGACAUUCUUGCUCAGUUUGAGGAACUGAAAGUCGUCCAUGAAUUAGCUGAAGCUGCUCGUAAGGCUUUAAUAUCUCGGGUGGUUGAGCUGACUGACGACCGCUCAGCUCUCACCCUGGAACUGGCCAGUCUGCAAGAAACAGUCUCACGGUUAGAGGGGCGGAUGAAGGAGAAGGAGGAUGAAAUUAAGAGACUGCGGAAAGAGCUGGAAGCUUACCGGACUGAGGAUCCUGAUGCCUCGUUGCCCACCUCCAUGCGCCACUUCUCUCGCUCUGAAAUGGCUCGUGUGGUCAUGGAAAAGAAUCAGUACAAGCAGCGUCUGUUUGAGCUGCAGGAGGCUGUUAGACACAGUCAGACAGUCAGAGCAACAAAGGAGGAGAAGUUCACAGAGGAAAGAAGGUCAGGUGUUUGGAGAAAAUUCAACCGCUUCUUUGGCCUGACCAAGGCACCACUAGGACCACCCUCUACAUCUGCGUUGUUUCUGCCAUCCUCUCCAUCACUCAGCCGUUCUACUCUGGGGUCACCACAGCUACCAGCUGCCACUCGAACCCAGGCUGAAUCUGCUUCUCCUGCUGUUGUUUCGCCACGUAUCAGGAAGAGAGAAGUGUACAGAGACAUACGCUCCCACAUUUGGGGGACUCUGGGAAAGCGGCAUAUACAUGGCUGGAGCAUGCCGCUGGCAAACACACAGGAAUCCCAGGAACCUGUUCCAGAGCCUAAAGAUGUGCCUGUUCUAGUCAAGCUCCGACUCUUGGAUCAAAGAGACUCGACGGCCAAGUUGAACUGUGCUGUUGCAGUCACACCUGAGAUAUCGGGAGAGGCCACCUGUUCUGUGUGGGUAGUUUCUGGUCCUGCCUCCUGCAGUGAUAUUACAGUGUUUGAUCCAGCACGGUCCAACACGGUAUUGGAUCAGUUCAGCCUCCCUCCCACAGCCCCUGCCCUCUGCAUCUGUGCUGUACCUCCCAUAGGUAACUCUACAGGAACUGUGUGGAUUGGAACUCAGGAAGGAAGUAUUCUAAUACAUCCAGCCUCUGUUGGAAGGAGGCGCUGUUUGCAGUCACUAUGUCUCUCAGAGGGUGUUCAUUCACUCACGUUUUCCAACAGUCAGGUUAUAGCUGGUUUAGCUGAUGGGACUUUGGCAUUUUUCUCCCACACCUCAGAUGGCUGGAAUCUGCAGUCCCACUCUGUGAUGCCUCUUGGAUCAAACCCUUUGCAGCCCAUCCGUUGUUGCCUUGCAAAAGAUGGCCGUUUGUGGGUGGGAUACUGGAACAAAGUCCAUGUGAUUGACACUGACAGCAAGAAAGUGGAGCAAAUAUUUUCGGUCUCGGAGCGCAGUGAACAACAGGUUCGAUUCCUGUGUGCCGGAGGAAGUGGAGUUUGGACAUCUUGCCGACUCGACCCAAUUCUCAGGCUUUUUGAUUGGUCCACUGGACGGCCGCUACAGGAAGUUGACUUUGCUUCACUGAUCACAAAAACAUUAGGCCAGCCCUUCCUGACACUCACACCUCUCCAGAUCUCCUCUCUCACCAUCAUCUCUGGCCGUUUGUGGGUGGGCACAGGAGGUGGUGCCAUUUACUCCAUUCCCUUGUCUAUAACUUCAGAAGCUGUUUCCAUCCCAUAUUGCUGCACUGCGGCAGCCCAGCUGUCAUACCAUGGGCACAGACAGGCUGUCCGGUUCAUCAUUGCAGCACCAGGUUGUUUGAUCACUUCCCCUGGUAGCAGCCAGGUGACUACUGCUCAGCUUAUCCUCAGUGGAGGAGAGGGCUACAUCAAUUUCAGAAUUGGAGAUGAUGCAAGCGAAGAUUCAACAGAUGUGUUCCAGGGCACACCCCAGCGGUCAGAGCGCAGUCACAUGAUCAUCUGGCAGAACCCCACACCUUCCGUGCCCAGCUCUGCACUCUGAUACCGUUCAUCUCUGAACCCUGAAUGAGAUGAAGCCAGCGUACACAGCAGCAGAAGGGGAAUUUGUGCUGUCAUGGAAUGGAACAAGCCAGCAUCUCAUUUUGGCAGCAUUGAAAGCAUCAUCUAAAGAUAUAUGACUUCUGCUUUGUCAUAUUUGUUUACCUCGUUUGUUUUGUACAUCUGGAUUAUCAUGAUGGAUGAUGCCUUCCUGUGUGCCUUCAUCUUUUCUAUUGGUGUUGUGUAUUUGGUCAGUAAUUUAGCUGCCUGAUCAACUUUUGCACUAAUGAGAAAUUCAGUUUUACUGACUUACUGUUCUCUAAUAUAUUUCUCUGUUGCUUGUUCAGCAACGUGCAGGAAAAAGUCACAUCUUUCGUUCAUAGAAUUCAAUAUGGCUGCUCUUAAAGCUGCUGUGUACAUACAUUGUUAUAAACUGUGAACUGGAAACGGGUUUAGUUCUUUGCUCAGCUUAAAGACAAUCAGACACUUUAUUAUCUUCUGAUGCUGCAUUCAGACUGGUGAUGAAAUCUUUUGUGGUGUAUAUUUCUGAAAUAUCUGCCAUGAGAAUGAACUUAAAUUCUUAAAUUCUAAUACUUCUAUUUACCAUAAGAGUAAUUUCAAAUACUUGCAUAUUUGUGUCUGCGGAGAAAUAUGUCCAGUAUCUCUUAAAUGGAAAAACUUCAGUAGGUGUCUUUAAAAAUAAUUUAUUUUCUCAUUUAUUUGUUUGAUAUCUGGUUUUCAUGAAAUUCUUGAAUGAUU